CUCCCUUUUGUUUAGCCCCGGGCCAGUGCUGGGCUCUGGCUGGGGUUUUACUUUAGCAGCUCUUUUCAGAGCCGAGGCUUUCGGUUAUUGCCCCUGGGAGGCUGGGGAGGAAUAAGACCUUCCUGCUGGAUCUCUCAUGGCUCUAGGAGUGGACAUGUGGACAGUGGAUCCCCUGCAUUUCUGAUCUGAUCUCCUUGGCAAGCUGCAAGAUGAGGGUCCCCCUGCAGACUCUGCCCCUGCUCCUGGUCUUGGGGGCUGUCUGUGCCUCCUCCAAGUUUACUUUCCCUUUAAGGAUCUCCCCUGCAGAGGUUAGGAACACUGUGCCUGUGACCCCCCAGACCCCCAACGAGUUCCUGGGGCUGUCCUUUGCCUCUGACCCCACUGGCAAAAUCAACUUCUUGGCUAUGAUUGACAAUCUGGAGGGGGACUCUGGUAGGGGCUAUUACCUGGAGCUUUCCAUAGGCACCCCUCCCCAGAAGUUGAAUAUCUUGGUGGAUACCGGAAGCAGUAAUUUUGCGGUUGCUGGAGCUCCCGAUCCCUAUAUCACGACGUACUUCAAUUCAUCACGGUCAUCGUCAUACCAGUCUCUGGAUGUUGACGUGUCGGUCCGUUACACUCAGGGAAGCUGGUCGGGUAUUCUGGGAAGAGACGUGAUUGCUAUGCCGCAAGGAGUGAACGGAACGUAUAGGGUUAACAUUGCCUCCAUUCGUGAAUCCGAGAACUUCUUCAUGCCCGCCAUCAACUGGCAAGGAAUUCUGGGACUUGCGUACAAGACGUUGGCUAAGCCGUCAAGCUCCGUGGAGACGUUUUUCGACUCUCUGGUCCAGCAGGCGGACAUCCCCGAUAUCUUCUCCAUGCAGAUGUGCGGGGCCGGCCUGCCUAUCACGGGGAGCGGGACCAACGGGGGCAGCCUCGUCAUGGGUGGCAUUGAGCCGAGUUUAUAUAAAGGCGAUAUCUGGUAUACCCCCGUUACAGAGGAAUGGUACUAUCAGGUUGAAAUUCUCAAGUUUGAAGUUGGCGGCACAAUCUUAAAUCUCAACUGCAUGGAGUACAACUCUGAUAAAGCGAUUGUGGACAGCGGGACGACUCUCCUCCGCCUUCCGGAGAAGGUUUUUGAUGCUAUGGUGGAAGCCAUCAUUCAGACGUCACCAAUACAGAAUUUCAACAAUGAUUUUUGGAAUGGAUUUCAGCUGGCCUGCUGGGAUAAGGAUGAGAAGCCGUGGACCUAUUUCCCAGACCUCUCCAUCUAUUUGAGGGACAUGAAUGCCAGCAGAUCCUUCAAGAUAACUGUGAAACCGCAGCUGUACAUCCAGUCGUUGCUGACGUUCCGGGAAAACCUAAAUUGCUACCGCUUCGGAAUCUCCUCAUCCACGAACGCCUUGGUUCUCGGCGCCACAGUCAUGGAAGGAUUCUACGUCGUCUUCGACAGAGCGGAGAAGAAGGUUGGCUUUGCUAUCAGCACCUGUGCGGAGGUCGAUGGGGUCACGGUGUCGGAAGUCGCAGGGCCCUUCAGUACUCAGGACGUGUCGAGCGACUGUAUCGUCAGGAACCCUCUCAGGGAGCCCGUCAUGUGGAUCAUAUCUUACACUCUCAUGAGCCUUUGCGGCAUCAUUCUCUUGGUGCUUGUCAUCUUGUUGCUUCUUCCAAACCGACGCCACUUCGAUGACCCCGAGCUCGUCAACGACGAAUCUUCCUUGGUGCGCCAUCGCUGGAAAUGA